GCCGAAGUCUCCUCGACCGAAGUCUCCUCGACCGAAUUCCAUCACUAGGAUCUGUUACUCAAUAUCGUUGUCUGUGAUAUCGGCCUGAGAAUGGUUCAACUUGGGCUGGGGAAGCACGUUCAAAGGGUAUCCUCGGCGGACCUUGUCGAAUUUCUGAAAUUAUUAUGGAUCGUAUAUUUCUUCAUUGUGGCCGGUACAUCGACAGCACGAGCAUCCGCCUUGUUCUUCUACGGACGGGUCCUCAUUCAAGGUUCCUCUAACUUCCGGUAUGCACUAUGGGCAGUGCAUGGGUUGAAUACCGCAUGGUAUAUCAGCAAUACGCUCGUGAUCACCUUCAUAUGUUCUCCGAUCCAGAAGAGCUGGAAUCCAGAUCUACCGGGAACUUGUAUAAAUACAAAGGUCCUAUGGCUUGGCUGCGGAACGCCAACUCUUAUCAUCGACGUCCUUAUCUUACUCCUGCCAGUGCCCAUGCUUUGGAGAUUGCACAUGAAGCUCGUACGCAAGCUUCUCCUAGUUGGGGUCUUCUUAUGUGGAUACCUUGUAAUUGUGGUCUCGAUUGGGCGUCUUAUUUCAACCAUCCAAGUCACCCCGCACCUAGCGAAAGAUCCAACGUUAGACGACGCUGUCAAUCCUUCGAUUUGGGUCAAUCUAGAGACUCCGAUAUCAAUCAUCAGCAUCUGUCUCCCAAGUAUUUAUUUCUUGGUCUGGCACGCUUAUGAAGGAGGCAUUCAUUCGUUGUUUUCGAGGGCUUCGAGCCCCUGACUCGUCAACCAUGGCAAUCAUUUCAUGGCCAAACUUCGAGGCUGAGAGGAGAAAAUAUUCCUGAAGAUGCAUGGAAAAUCUUCCACAGGCUAUGACUGGGUUGGACGGU